AAACCACCGGAGGGCAUCGGUCCCGGAAGGGCCCGCGGGCCGGGUGACGGGCUACCGCCACGCUCCUAAUGGCGGCCGCGACCGGGCGGAGGGGAGGGGAGCGGGGUGCGUGCGUCAUCAGCGUGCGCCGCGCGGGACCGGGGUCGGCGUGGGCUGUGCGCCGAGGUCGCGUUCUGAUGAGCUCACAGCCCGUGGACUCGGCGCCGAGGCAGCUGGCCCCCUGGAGAGGCCGCUGGUGGACGCGAGCCGCGGCCCCGGGGGCGAAGUCGGUCGGCGUGGCGUGCGGCGCCGCGUGAUAGCCUCGGAGGCGGAAGGACUAAGGGUCCACAAUGGGAAGAACCUACAUUGUAGAGGAGACUGUUGGCCAGUAUCUGUCAGACGUCGGUCUCCAAGGAAAGGCCGUUGUGUGUGGGCUUUUAGUGGGUCAGUGUUCCCCCCAAAAGGAUUAUGUGAUCCUUGCCGCGAGGACGCCACCCAAAGAGGAGCAGCAGGAGAACCUCGAGCACCCCCAGGCUCAGCUGGAUGAAGAAUGGGCCGCAGAACACGCCAACCAGGUGUCCAGAAUGUUGCCAGGAGGGCUGUCGAUCCUCGGGGUGUUUAUUGUCACAGCUGUGGGACUGACAGACGAUCUCCAGCACACCCUGCGCAGACUGCUGUUUGCUGUGGAGAAGUCUGUGAGCAGGAAGAGGCUGUGGCGCUUCGCGGACGAGGAGGUCUCUGAGCGGGUGGCUCUGCUCUUGUGCUCUGCCUCCAAAAAAUUAGUUUGUCGAACCUACGAUGUCCGUGACCCAAAGAGCUCCGCGAGGCCGGCGGACUGGAAGUAUCAGAGUGCACUCUCCGCGUCCUGGCUCUGCUUGCAGGGAACCGUGCACAUCAACAUUCACAUCCCGCUCUCGGCCACCUCUGCCGGCUACGCUCUGGAGAGGAACACCAGGAAUGGACUCACACGCUGGGCCAAGCAAAUAGAAAAUGGAGUGUACUUGAUCAACGGACAAGUGAAGGCUGAAGACUGUGACCUGUUGGAGGGACAGAAAAAGUCGUCUAGAGGAAAUACUCCAGCAUCUGGCCAUUCUUUUGAUGUCAGAGUGCUAACACAGUUGCUCCUGAGUCCUGACCACAGAUCCACAGCCACAGUCCAGAUCUGCAGCGGCUCCGUGAAUCUGAAGGGUGCGGUGAGGUGCAGAGCUUUCCUUCACAGCAGUAAACCCAAGGUUAAGGAUGCUGUGCAGGCAGUGAAGAGAGAUAUUUUGAACACAGUGGUUGAUCGCUGCGAAAUACUGUUUGAGGAUCUGCUUUUGAAUGAAAGGCCAGGAAAAAAAGGUUCUGAAAAAGAAUUCCACAUCCUGCCUCACCGAGUUUUUGUGCCGAUUCCUGGCUCUGCUGUCAUGCUCUGUGAUUACAAAUUUGGUGAUGAACCAGCUGAGGAAAUCAGGGACCACUUUAUGGAGAUGCUAGACCACACGAUUAAAGCAGAAGAUUUGGAAAUUGCAGAAGAACCAAAUACAGCUUGUGUGAGUCCCUCGGCGGGCAGUGAAGGCUCGGUGGGCAGCACAGAUGAAGAGCAGCCACCGCAGCCGGUGAGGAGGACACUCAUGAUGAAAAUUCAGCAGAACACAGGUGUGAUUGCCGCAGUCGCAGUCGCAGUCUUUGCUGCUGGCGUCUCCUUUCAUUACUUCAGUGACUAGGGUGAGACACAGAGCUUCGUGAGCCCUGGGAACGCUGGCCAGUGGUUAGCAAUGAUACAGGUGUAGACAUCCCCCUUGUUUUUCAGACAGCAACAGCCGUGUCUGCUGCCAUAAUGCCUAUUUGAUUGGUUUUAUGCCAAAAUGAAGCCACCAGCUGCCUUGUUCUGCUUUUAUAGGUAGACUAGGUUUCAAAAAUAAACAAAUAAAUAAAAAAUAAAGUUAUGUAUCCAGAUGGAAAUUGCAUGUGACAAAUCAUUAAUACCUCUUUUUUAAAAGGCUAAAAAUAAUAAGAUAUUAUUAUGGAUUAUGAUCCUUUUGAUCUGGAUUAUGUAUUGAUCAAGGCAUUAAAAAUAGUAACAGUACAUUAGACACAAUUUCUGCCAACUUGGGGUAAGUUCAUCCUCUUAGACCUUUCUAAUGUACCGCUGAGUUCUCUUCUGACUGGGGACUAGGAAACCUUUCCAGAGAGAUUUGAAUCCAUACAAAGUGCCAUAAAUCAUGUGCUUUCUCAGUUUAGUGUAUCAUAACUAUUUAAUCUAUGACAUUGGGACUUUUUCUUCCAGCUUUAUAUUGGAUUAGACACUGUAAAAGAAUUCGUUCCCUAGUAAGGUCUGCAUUUGAACAGGCUCCAAGGAAGUGGAUGUCUUCAAGAACCAUAGCACCCUCUUCCCUCCCUGACAAAAAUAAACCUGUUUCAAGUUGGGGAACAUUGAUCAUCCAAGUAGACUAGGGUUGCCAAGAUGGCAAGUGCUAGUGGCAAUGUCCUGAAUGCACUGGGCUACGGGGCUGUUACUGUGGUGCGGUGUAUUGAGCUUCUGCUCGUAACAUUGGCAUCCCAUGAGAGAGUGCUAGGUUGAGUCCCAGCUCUACCUUCAGAACAGCUUAAUGCUAAUGUGCUGAAAAGGCAGUGGAAGAUGGCCCCAGUACUUGGGCCCAGACCGCCCAGGUAGGAGCCCAGCAUGGAGUCCGUGCUCCUUGCUUUGACUUGGCUCAUGCUGAGCAGUUGUGGCCAUUUGGGGAGUGAACCGGUAGAUGAAGAUGUAUCUUCCCUUCUCCCUCUUUCUGCCUCUGUGUGCAUACUGUUCUGCCUCUCAAAUAAAUAAAUAAUAAAUGAGUGGAUGGAAAGGUCACCGUAUCUCAAGCCAAAGCAAGGAGAGAGAACUGGAUCUGAAGUGCUGUCCUGGCCAGGACAGUUGAAGAAGUUAAGUAACACUCGGGAUAUAGUUUUCAACAUGGGAAGCACUCCUAAUUUAGGCUCAAGAUUCCCUUAUAUUAUGUGAUGACAAAAAAUCACCAGGUUCAAGUUGGAAGAAUCUGUAAAACAAAACAAAAACAAAACUCAAUUUUUCAGGGUCUCAUCACCAUCAUGUGGAAGAUGGAACCACAUUGGACAUGUCUGAAGAACCAAACAACUCCUAGCGAUGUGGAAUAGAUUUAUUGAAAUAACCAUCAAGUGUGUUGCCUAAAAUUUUAGGCUCAAGAAACAAAUGAACUUGAAGUUAAUAGCUAAAGAAAUUUCCCAUUGAACAGCAGGGAGAUACAAGAAGCUAGGAAGUAACAGAAUGUUGAGAGAAAAGGAAGAACUGUAGAAGGAGUGCUUAGGGGACAGCGUGGAGGAGAGGAGUGCGUGAAGAGAUGACAGAGCUUUGCACUUCUUUGAAACUGAGUUCAUAAGUUCAAGAAGAAAGUAUAUCCCAAACACAUAGUUAAAUAAAAUCCAUUCUGAGACCAAUUGUAGAACACUGCAUUAUAACACAAAAUUCUAGAAGCAACCAAUGGGAGAAAAACUACAAUUGGAUGAAUGCAACAUAGUCACAUAUUCAUUAGGCUUCUCAGCAAUGAUACCUUUUGAAUUCUAGGACAAAAUAAUUAGCUUAAGAACUUGUGCCAUGUAAAACUGAAAUAAAUAUGUUCAGGUGAAAAAUGUGUUUCUCGGGCCUUCUUUGGAAACUACAGAAUGGUGAUGUUCAAGAAUAAAGCGGGAAGUGGGUGGUGGAUGGUUACAAUGCCACUGAGAAUGCCCCCUCCCACACGACAGUGGGGUGGCAAGCUCCAAGUUCCUGCUAAUGUGCUGCAUGGCAGUAGGCAGUGGCUCUAGGACUUGGGCCCCACCACACACGUGGGACACUCAGGUGGAGUUUCUGGGUUGCAGCCUUGGUGUUUUCCAACCCGGGCCGUUCUCAGCAUUCCAGGAGGAAGCCAGUGGAAAGAUGAAUCUUCCCCACUCUCUUUCUUGGUUUCUAUUUCUCUGCCUUGCAAAUGAUUGAUAAAUAAAUAAAUCGUUUUAGAAAAAGCCACUCCAAAAGGAUGGUAUGAAAUUGAAGAGUUAAUGGCCUGGGUGGGAUCUGGUGAUGGCACCGCGUGGCAGUACUCACAUGCCAGCUCCAAGGGCCUUGGUUGGAGUCAUGACUGUACUUGCAACUCCAGCUUCUUGCCAACGUGACCCUUGGGGCAGCAGGUGAUGGCCCAAGUGCCAUGUGUCAUGCCACCCAUGUGGGAUACCCAGAGUGCAUUCCAGCUCUGGGCCCAACCCUGGCUGUUGCGGGCAUUCGGGGAAUGUAAAAACAUGGAAGAUAACCUGUCUCUGUUUAUCUCUGCCUCUCAAAUAAAUAAGAAUUGUUU